AUGCCCUGUUUUGUUCCUCGGGGCAUAAAGAUUCCCUCCGUGCGGGUCGUGUGGAGGUACUGUGCCAGUCGUUGCAGCAGUUUUCAGUGGCGCUGCGUGGGUCUUUUUAGCGCCCUCGCUAGUGUUGUCGCUGGGAAGGCGAUGUCGGGCCUGUUAGAGUCGGCUAUGUAUCUGAUUGCCCCUUUUGCAGUGCUGUAUAUGUCAGGUAUUUCUUCUCGUGUGGUCUCCUCUUUGGUGGGAGGGUCCACUUUGACACCGUCGAGGUAUGGUGUGCGUAGGGGGUUGUUCUGGUUUUGA